AUGCUGCGUCGCCAUUUUGUUUUUUGCUAUUUGUUUCAAGGGUAAUACACGGAAGCAGCAGCAGCAGCAGCGAUGUUCCCUCUGGCGAGAUCCGCGUUCUCUGUGGCCGCUCGUGGCAUUCAAAGAACUGUCUCAAGACAGGCCCAUCAUAAAGCUGGACCAGACUUCCAUGACAAGUAUGGAAAUAUAAUUUUGCUCUCUGGUACAGUGUUCUGUGUCUCUAUCUGGAGUUAUGUGGUAACACAGACAGGAAUUUGCUGGAACUUAUCUCCAGUUGGCAGAAUUACCCCAAAGGAAUGGAGGGAUCAAUAGGACUCACAGCUAUUUUAGACCUACUCCAGUACUUUAACAAGUAUAUGCUUUGUAUAUACAAGACUGAUCUGUAACCCUUCAUAUGUUAAUGAGGUUUAUAUUGUAAUAAAUCUAAAACAUAAAGUA